AUGAUGACACCCCUUUACGCGGACGACGAGGCUGACCAAAUAACAUUAAUGCCUAAGCGGGUACGUUGUGCUGCUGUAUCCAUGCGUGCUGAUGAUGCAGACAAAUGGGGUCAUGACCCAUUGGAUGAACGAGAAGGUUAUCAACUUGUUUUUCGCGAUUCGUUCAUAAAGAAUGAGCUCCUCAGUCGUUUAAACACUUUCCGAUGUAACAGAGAACUCUGCGAUAUUGCACUUUUUGUGAGGGAGCAAGAGAUAUUCGCUCAUAAGGUAGUGCUUGCUGCAGUUCCCCCGCUCUAUUUGAUAUGUUCUCAACAGAAAACGAAGAGGAGAAUGGAGACACGAAUUAUCGUACCAGUAGAGGAUGGCCAACCUAUCGAGAGAGUUUCCAUUGAAAGAGGAACGAGUAUUGCGCAAAGUACCCUUGACUAUUUCAAUAGAAUACCUCACGAAAGGAUAGAACAUUCAAUAGAGACAUUAAUUUACAAGACGACCCUACUUUACUUCGAAGAUGACUUUCGACUAACAGAUUGCGCAGAUUUGGAUGAUAAGUCCUCUGUCGGUAGCUGUGAUAUCAUUCAGGAUUAUAGAAGGAGUGGCAAAGAUGUAGCGAAAGCGGUGACAAAUGGAUCCAUGGAUGCGUCAUUUAAUGCUCCUAUCCAGCAUCGCGUGACUGGUGCGGUCCCAGUCAGACUGAAUGCUAGUCGUGUACCGAAUGUAAAGUACUCGUCUACAGAAAGUUUGAAGUCGCUGGAUUCCACAGACAGUGAUCCGCAAGAUAUCAUAGAAACGAGGCUUAUUGCCAUACACUAG